AUAUUUCCACCCCUUCACUCUCUCUCUUAAUUAUCCCUUCAGGUCCAGGCCAGGAGUCUCUGUCAAAUUCCGGCCACCACCCUCUUUUUCUCUACGUUCAUAUAUACCCCACCACCCCUUUCUCCCCCUUUACCUCAUUCUUUUCUCCCCACUUUUCACUUCUCUAUACACGUAUCUUUUCAAUAUAUUAGCUGUGCCACACUACUAAACUGUUUUUGUAGUCUCUCAAGCAGCUAGAUACCCCCAUUGUUAAAUAAUUUAGCUUUCUUUCUUUGUUUUUAUAGUUUCUUGAAUUGGUUUGUUGGGAUACUGAUGAUUAAUAAAGCUUUGUUAUCAGCUGGUGGAGAGAACAUGCUGCACUGUACAGACAUGACAGUGCUUGAUAGACAAAGGGCUCGUAUCAAAUGGCAACAAGAACAACAGCAGCAUCAGGUUCAACUACCACAGCAAGAGAUUAGUUAUUUUAGUGAAUUGAGUAGGGUGUUCCAACAAGCUGGGUUUCAUGAGGGUGGGUUAAGUGAGGUGGUGACCCGGUCUGUGAAACCUGACCCGGGUUUGGUGGAUAAUAGGUGGCAUAAUGAUCAUGUUGUGGGGUUUGGUGUUGGGCCUCCUUAUACUGAUGGGUUGGGUUUUGAGUUGAAUUAUGGUGCCAUUUCUAGGACUUCUAGCUGCCCACCGGCGGUAGCCCCUGCGGCUACGGCUACUGCUACAGUGAGAGGUGCAGAGUCUGUUGUGUCAGAUAAGAUUAGUUCCGGGGUUGGCAGAGAGAGUUCCAAGAAGAGAAAGUUUGAUAAGGACACCAGGGACAAAAGGAUCAAAGGACGUGCGGAGGAAGGGGAGUCAAACACCUCAGAGAAAAAUAACAACAACAGCAGUAGCAGCAAUAACAACAGCAACAAAAACAAUAACAGUAACAAAGACAAUUCUGCCGAGACUUCGAAGGACAAUUCCAAAGUAACUGAGGUUCAAAAGCCAGAUUACAUUCAUGUCCGGGCACGUCGCGGUCAAGCUACCGACAGCCACAGCUUAGCUGAAAGAGUGAGGAGAGAAAAAAUCAGUGAAAGAAUGAAGUAUCUGCAAGAUUUGGUACCAGGGUGCAAUAAUAUCACAGGAAAGGCAGGCAUGCUUGAUGAAAUCAUUAACUAUGUUCAAUCUCUUCAGAGACAAGUAGAGUUCUUGUCGAUGAAACUAGCUGCUGUAAAUCCAAGGCUUGACUUCAACAUUGACAACUUAUUUGCCAAAGAGGCUUUUCCUGCUUGUUCAACCAAUUUCCCCGCAAUUGGGAUGUCACCGGAUAUGACUAACGCUGCAUGCCUUCAAUUUAAUCCAGCACAACAACAAUUAGUUUCAUGCUGUGGAUUGGAUAUGGGGAUAAAUCCUCCUGAUAUGGGGCUUAGAAGGACCACUAGUACUCCUGUAUCUAUUCCCGAAACAUUUCUUGACUCAUCCUGCUUCACUCAAAUCCAGGCCCCACCAACUUGGGAUGCUGAUCUACCAAAUCUUUACAAUGUAGCAUUUGAUCAAGGGAGACAACCAACCUUCCCAGUUCAGCCAUUUUCAGGUAAGACAGAAUUAUCGUGUGUUUUUUAUCUUCACUUUAUUGAUCUGAUAAAUCCUGAAGGCUAAAAACAAAGCAAAGCAAAGUGGUUUUAACUACCAAUGAUGGAGAGCAUAGUGAACCCCCAAAAGUUAUUGUCUUUGCUUUGGGACGAAAAUGAGUCGUUGUGAUAGAGAUGGAGAAAGUUGGUCACUGGAAACUUCCUAUCUAUUCUCCCAAAUGAUCGAAACCACCGAUUCUUUUCAAUGACUAUUGAGUUUCUCACAAUUCUUUUUUUAUAAAGAAGAACCAAUCAAAGGUGCGAAGCAUUUUGACUGUUGUAACAAAAAUGAGCCCCCAGGUAAAAAUUUGACGAAGUCUAUAGUUCUUAACAACAAAAUAACCUUCAUAAUUAUGAUUGUUUAUCAUGUUGGAAUUUAAUCUGCUAGGAGGAAAGAGCAACCAUUAGAUAAUGAGGGUGGCUUUUGCUGUUCCUAAAUUCCCUUGCCUCCCAUUUUAAUCACACACUGCGAUGACUCAUGUUCUGGUAAGAUUAACAAUGGAUUCUAAAAGUUGUCAUAUUUAACUUUUGCAGGUUCUGUUGAAGCUAGCAAUCUGAAGAUGGAGAUGUGAAUCAGAAUAUCAAUUUAUACAAUUCGCGAAGACUUUAUUCCA